CAGGUGAGUCCACGAUCCAGUAUGAUUCUCCCGCUGCCACCUUGCCUGUGUCCCAUCCUGUUGCUUGUACUGGGCUCCUUCCUGUCUGGCUCGGCCUCAGGUUGUCCCCAACGUUGCGAAUGCUCUGCUCAGGAUCGUUCUGUUUUGUGCCACCGCAAGCGUCACCUCAACGUCCCCGAAGGCAUCCCCACUGACACACGACUAUUGGACCUCAGCAAAAAUAGGAUCAAGGCGCUUAACCAGGACGAGUUCUCUUCCUUUCCUUAUUUGGAGGAGCUAGAGCUGAGUGAGAAUAUAGUGUCUUUGAUUGAACCUGGCGCCUUCAAUAGCCUUUUCAACCUACGAUCUUUGGGGCUGCGAAGUAAUCGUCUCAAGCUCAUUCCUUUAGGUGUAUUCACAGGACUCAGUAACCUUACACAACUUGACAUCAGUGAAAACAAAAUUGUCAUAUUGCUGGAUGACAUGUUCCAGGAUCUUUAUAACCUCAAAUCUCUGGAAGUUGGAGAUAAUGAUUUGGUGUAUAUUUCUCAUCGUGCCUUCCGUGGACUCAACAGCCUGGAAGAGCUGACACUGGAAAAGUGUAACCUCACCGUGGUGCCCACAGAGGCUUUGUCACACCUGCAUGGUCUCAUCUCUUUACGGCUCCGGUACCUUAACAUUAAUAUAAUUCGCGACUACUCCUUCAAAAGGCUUUUCCGGCUGAAAAGUUUAGAAGUGGCCCAUUGGCCAUAUUUGGACACAAUGACAUCCAAUAGCCUCUAUGGAUUAAAUUUAACAUCUCUUUCUAUUACACACAGCAAUCUGAGCGCUAUACCAUAUGUGGCAAUCAGGCACCUUGUUUAUCUUCGCUUUCUUAACCUUUCAUACAAUCCAAUUGCAUCUGUGGAGGGAUCUAUGUUGCAUGAGUUGUUGAGGCUUCAGGAGUUCCACCUGGUAGGUGGUCAGCUUUCUAUUGUGGAACCCUAUGCGUUCCGUGGUCUAAACCAUUUACGUGUACUAAAUGUUUCCUCCAAUCUCCUAAGUACACUGGAAGAAUCUUCUUUUCACUCUGUAGGCAACCUAGAAACGUUAAUUUUGGAUCGUAACCCACUGGCUUGUGACUGCCGUUUAAUGUGGAUCUUCCGGCGACGCUGGCGUCUCAACUUCAAUCGACAGCAGCCAUCCUGUUCCAGUCCAGAAUAUGUUCAGGGAAAGGAGUUCAAAGAUUUCCCUGAUGUGCUGCAGCCAACUUAUUUUUCAUGCCGAAAAGCACGCAUCCAGGAUCGAAGUCCCCAAGUGGUCCAUGUAGAUGAAGGGCAUACAGUACACUUUUUUUGCCGUGCUGAUGGAGAUCCACCACCUACCAUACUGUGGCAGUCCCCACGGAAGACUUUCAUUACCAGCAAAAGUAACGGUAGGCUGACUGUAUUCCCAGAUGGAACUUUGGAAGUACGUUAUGCCCAGAUCCAAGACAAUGGGACUUAUCAUUGUGUGGCAAGCAAUGCAGCUGGUAAUGAUACUUCACUGGCCCAUCUUCAUGUGCGCAGUUACUCACCUGACUGGCCUCACCAACCCAACAAGACCUUUGCCUUCAUCUCAAACCAGCCGAAUGAAAGCGAUGUCAACAGCACUCGUGCAACUGUCCCUUUCCCAUUUGAUAUUAAAACUCUUAUAAUUGCCACCACUAUGGGAUUCAUAUCCUUUUUGGGGGUGGUCCUGUUUUGCUUGGUUUUACUAUUUCUUUGGAGCAGAGGAAAAGGAAACACUAAACAUAACAUUGAGAUAGAAUAUGUUCCACGAAAGUCUGAUGCUGGACUCUCUACUGCAGAUGCUCCUCGCAAGUUUAACAUGAAGAUGAUAUGA